UCAAUCCCCCCUGCGCCGCCUUACCCAGAGCUGAGCAGUGUUCUGGUUAAAAAAGAAAAAAAAACAAAACAAAAAAACGGCCCUGCGAUGUGCCUCCUGCCCUCCAGGCUGGCCCGGCCCGGCACCCGCAGGAGGGCGACCUCUUGGGCCCGCGCGCACUGCCGGGCGGGGCGGGGCGGCGGCGCUGACGCGACCGUUGCCAUGGGAACCAGCCGCCGGCUCCAGCGCCGGAGCUGAAGCACGAGCUGCAGCCGGCCGUCGCCUGCCCGCUCGGGGCUCUGGUUCGGGGCGGCAGGGGGACCGGGCUGAGGGAAGGAGGGGACAGGUGCGGCCUCGGAGCCCAGACCCGUGCCGCGCGCCCUUGAGCCGCCGCCGCAGCGAGGAGCCGGCACCUCGCCGAGUAGCCCCCGCCCCCGCCCGCGCCCGCCGCGGCCUCAGCCCGGCCCGGCCCCGCGGCCUCCCCGUCGCCGCCGCUCUGCCCCGCUCGGCCGUGGCCCGGGUCCCGGAGGCCCAGCCGUGGCUGCCAUGCUGCCCAGCUCCAUCCAGAUUUCCGGGGAGCCGCUGUCAGGCGCCGAGGUGCGGGACAUCUGCCGGGGCCUGCGCGACAACGCCGUGCGCCUGCUCUCGCUGCGCGGCUGCCGUCUCUGCGACCGCGACUUCGGCCGCAUCUGCCGGGCGCUGGCCGGGGCCACGUCCCUGGCUCAGCUCAACCUCAACCUGGGCGUCGUGUCCAGCCCCAGCCGCAUCAAGCUGCUGGCGGAGGCGCUGCGGACCAACCGCUCCAUCCAGUCCCUCUUUCUGCAUGGGAGCCCCCUGACAGAUGCUGGACUGGCCUUGCUGAACCCAGCGCUGGCCCUGCACCCAGCCCUGGUGGCUCUGGACCUGGGGGACUGCAUGCUGGGUGAUGAAGCCAUCAACCUCAUCUGUGGCCUCCUCCCCCCAGAUGGGGCCAAGUCUGGCUUGAAGGAGCUCACUUUGAGUGCCAAUCCAGGCAUCACCCCUAAGGGCUGGAGUCGCCUCGCCAUUGCAGUGGCCCACAGCUCCCAAGUCCGCGUCCUCAAUCUGGAUUAUAACCCCCUGGGUGACCACGUGGCAGGGAUGCUGGCGGUAGCUGUGGCCUCCAGUCGCACCUUAGAGGUUCUGGACUUGGAGGGCACAGGGCUCACCAACCAGUCAGCUCAGACCCUGCUGGACAUGGUAGAGAAUUACCCCACUGCUUUGCGGAGCCUGGUGUUGGCUGAGAACAGCAUUAGCCCAGAGCUCCAGCAGCAGAUCUGUGACCUCCUCUCUGAGGGGGAGGAGGAGGAAGAGGUGGCAGGAGGGGCUGGUGACACCCAGGACCGAGAGAGAGGGCGGGAGUCUGCCGCCCGCCAGAGGGGCAGCAGCUCCUGGAUGUGCCCUAGUGAUCCCAGCUCUCAGAUGGUGCUAAUGACAUCAGGACUAGGGGACAGUCUGUUGGCUGAGACCGAGAUGUGACUCUCCCCAUGAGCUACUGCACAUCAUCACAAUUGUCAACGUCACCGGCACUUUGCCCCAGUUAUCAGGGUCAGGCUCUGUUGGGCUUGUGGGGUGGGGUGUGGGUGGGUGGGUAGCUGGGGCUCUGGCAGCUCCUAGCUUUGUGAUGGAAGGUUCUGGAAACUGAGCAACAACCUUGGGGGCACUCCAACCCAAGGCAAUACCUCUGUACUUGGCAGCUCUGGCUGCAGCCCGCUGGCUCGGAAGAGAUUUUAUCAACUCUAAGAGAUUUUAUGAACUCUACAA